UUUUGCCACGACAAGAUACAAGAAGACGGAACAUUGCUGGACGACGAUAAUAUCCCUUGACAGCAGCUCACUUUAUUUACCAUGUCGACCAAACUCUGUCAACGCCUCGCUCGCACUGCUGCUUUGUCACCGACAUCUCUAGUUCCCCGAUCCAGCAGACUUAUACCCAUCGUAUCAUCAGCUGCUGUACGACCAUCAUCCGCCAACCCAACCAGACGUCCCUUCUCGACAACUGAAGCCCGCUACCUUGCCAACGUACAAGCCGGUAUGGACAAGAUACGAGACGCCAUCGCCGAAAACUUCGGCGGCCCCGCCCACAACAUCGGCACCACAUCCUUCUCCCUCGACGACACCCCCGACCUAAGCGGCAAAGUGGCCGUCGUCACCGGCGGCUCCGAAGGCAUCGGCUACGGCGUCGCCUACACCCUCAUCAAACACAACCUCUCCAAACUGUACAUCCUCUCGCGCAAGCGCGAAGUUUUCGACGGCGCACUAGCUUCCAUCGCGUCCGAGCUCGGACAAGACAAAGCCGAUCGCGUGCACUGGAUCCACUGCGACCUAGAAGACUGGGCGCAAACCGCCGUAGUAGCCGAACAAAUCAAAAAGGACACGGACCGACUGGACAUUCUGGUGAAUAAUUCGGGAAGGGGCAUCAUGACGGCCGGACUGACGAGUUACGGGGUGGAUAAGCACAUGGCGACGAAUCACAUGGGACAUGUGGUGCUGACGAGUCAUUUGCUGCCGCUUUUGCAAAAGACGGCGGAAGAAACGGGCGAGACGGUGCGCAUCAGUAAUCAGAGUUCCAACUUGCAUAGUGCGGCGCCCAAGGGGACGCGGUUCAAGAGCCUGGAGGAGAUUAAUGAGGAUGUGGGGCCGAAUGGACAGUAUGGACGGAGCAAGUUGGCGGGGAUUUUGUAUGCGAGGUAUUUUGAUAGGGAGGUGACGCGGAAGAUGGUGGAUGGUGAAGGGAAGGGGAAGAAAGGGGGAAGGGUGGUGAUGAAUGCGACGCAUCCGGGGUUUGUGUCGACGAAGCAGAGCGUCAAGGAUAUUCAUGAGCCAUACCCCAUCAGCGGAUACGCCGUGUCCCAUCUCGCGGAACCGUUCAAAAAGGACCAGUUUGAGGGCGCGGUGCCGACGGUGUACGCGGUCACCAUGGCCAACGAGGGCGGUCAGUGGAUUUGCGCGCCGGCCAAGGCGGAGGCGGGCAGUGACCUUGCACAGAGCGACGAGUUGGCGGAUAACUUGAUGGAGCUGACGAGGAAGAUUAUUAGUGAGAAGACGUGGCCCAAGUCGGUUGCGAAGGGAUGUCCGAUGGAUGAUGCGGUUGUGCAUGUUUAACUCUUCGGUGGAAGUAUAGGGGAUGAAAUUAGGUUGCCGCGAGAAGCCUGGCGACCUAGCCUGGGCACCAAUUGUUAGGUGACGUCGUGGUGGUCCACUAUUACCGCUAUCGGAACCGGGCGAUCAGUGGAGCUGGUGGUACGUUGGGCGGCAUGGGUUACGGAGACGCUUCAGGCCGAUAAUGAUGUGCAUUAGGAUUGAAGCUUGGCUGACGAGGCCUGUGAAAAAUAGAGCCGGUGGUUUAGGUCUGUCCAGU